GAUUGGCUGGGUGAAGGCGGGAGACUUGAGCUGGUCGGCGGAGGGCGUCGUUUCCCACUGCGUGCGGGGUGCUCACGGUUUCUGCCAGCGUGGCGGGUUAGUAUUGCUGAAGAUGAGGCGAUCUGCAGCACCAAGUCAGGUGCAGGGGAAUUCUUUUAAAAAACCAAAAUUCAUACCUCCAGGAAGAAGUAAUACAAGUCUGAAUAAAGAGAUUACAAAGAUGGGUCCAGAUAUAAAACUAUUUCAGGGUACUGAACAGUUACAAAAUGACCGAGGUGUAUGCAGUUCAAAUCUUGGGCCUACGGAGGGAAGCCCUAGGGAAAUGGAUCGUGGGAGUAGAGCAGAUGCACUUCAUACAGGUCAUUCAGCCUCUGAAGAAACCGUAGAGUCCAAGGCACAAGAAGAGGAACCUAGUAGCUUGCUUAAAUAUUUCAGUGUUGUUUGGUGUAAAGCUUCAAAGAAAAAACACAAAAAAUGGGAAGGUGAUGCUAUUCUUAUUGUAAAAGGAAGGUCCUUCACAUUGAAAGAUUUGGAAGGCAAAGACAUUGGAAGAGGUACUGGAUAUAAAUUCAAAGAGCUUGAAAACGUCGAAGAGGGCCAAACACUGGUGAUUGGUGGAAAAGAAAUAGAAAUCCUGGGUACAGUCUCUUCUGAUGACUUCAACAGUGGCAAGUGUUUUCAGAGUGCAUAUGGAAGCCCUGCUGUCCCGAGUUCUCAGGCUGCCAGGAAAUGCUUUUCUAACCCCUUCAAAAGUGUGUGUCAGUCAAGCCAGUCAAAGGCAAACAGACCGAAUGCUUGGCAAAGCUGCAAACCACGCCAUGACCCACAUGCGCCAAAUUCCCUGGUUAUGCCGCCGCCGCCGCCAGACAAGAAUCACCAGUUGCUGUUCAAUAGGAGCUGCUUUCCUCUCGUGGAUGUGGUGGUAGACCCUCAUCUUGUACGUCACCUCCGAUCACAUCAGAGAGAGGGAAUCAUUUUCCUCUAUGAGUGUGUGAUGGGAAUGAGAGCAAAUGGCAGAUGUGGUGCUAUUCUUGCUGAUGAAAUGGGUUUAGGGAAAACAUUGCAAUGUAUCUCGCUCAUCUGGACCCUACAGUGUCAGGGACCUUAUGGAGGCAAGCCAGUAAUAAAGAAGACACUUAUUGUCACUCCUGGAAGCCUGGUGAAUAAUUGGAGGAAAGAAUUUCAGAAAUGGCUGGGAAGUGAAAGGAUCAAGAUAUUCACUGUUGAUCAGGACCAUAAAGUUGAGGAAUUCAUCAAGUCUACAUUUUAUUCGGUUCUUAUCAUCAGUUAUGAAAUGUUACUUCGUUCCCUAGAUCAAAUUAAGACUAUAAAGUUUGACCUUCUGAUCUGUGAUGAGGGGCAUCGUUUGAAGAACAGUAGCAUUAAGACAACUGCAGCCCUCUUGAGCCUUCCUUGUGAGAAGAGAGUAAUUCUGACUGGUACCCCAGUUCAGAAUGAUUUGCAAGAGUUUUUUGCAUUAGUUGAUUUUGUUAAUCCAGGAGUAUUAGGCUCUUUGUCGUCUUACAGGAAAAUAUAUGAAGAGCCCAUCAUUAUAUCAAGAGAACCUUCUUCUUCCAAGGAAGAAAAAGAGUUAGGAGAGAGAAGAGCAGCUGAACUCGCUUGCCUCACUGGACUCUUUAUCCUUAGAAGAACUCAGGAAGUCAUCAAUAAAUACUUGCCCCCCAAGAUAGAGAAUGUCAUCUUUUGCCGACCAGGAGCACUGCAGAUUGAGCUUUACCAGAAGCUGCUGAGUUCUCAGUCUGUCAGGUUUUGUCUUCAAGGACUGUUGGAAAAUAGCACUCAUCUCAUCUGCAUAGGAGCCCUAAAGAAACUGUGUAAUCACCCUUGUCUUUUGUUCAGCUCUGUGAAGGGUAAGGAACUUAGCUCGAGCUGUGAUGAAAAUGAAGAAAGGAGUCUGUGCAGAGGCUUGCUGACUGUGCUCCCUGCUGGUUACGACCCUCUCCAGUUCUCUGAGAACGAGUCUGGGAAGCUCCAAGUGUUGGUACAGCUCCUGGCAGCCAUCCAUGAACUGCGUCCCACUGAAAAAGUGGUUUUGGUAUCCAAUUACAGACAAACCUUGAAUAUUUUAGAAGAAGUAUGCAAGCGUCAUGGAUAUGCUUGUUCAAGACUUGAUGGCCAAACACCAGUCUCUCAAAGGCAGCAAAUUGUUGAUAGUUUCAAUAGCAAAUACUCUACUGAUUUUAUUUUCUUAUUAAGUUCAAAAGCUGGUGGUGUGGGACUUAAUCUUAUUGGAGGAUCCCACUUAAUUCUCUAUGAUAUUGAUUGGAACCCAGCUACUGACAUCCAGGCUAUGUCUAGAGUAUGGAGAGAUGGUCAGAAAUACCCUGUGCAUAUUUACAGACUCCUGACUACAGGUACAAUAGAGGAGAAGAUCUAUCAAAGGCAGAUCAGUAAGCAAGGCCUCUCGGGGGCGGUUGUAGACCUGGCCAAGUCAUCUGAGCACAUCCAGUUUUCAGUGGAAGAGCUUAAAGACUUGUUCACGUUACACGAAAAUUCACCUUGUGUGACCCACGACCUGCUUGAGUGUGAGUGCACAGAAGAAAAAGAUCACACUGAUGACGCAUUGGACACCCCUGUCACCUCUAGACCGUGUCAGCUCGGCCCUCAGCACCGGAAGUCUAGCUCCCUGAGACCUUUGUCCAUGUCACAGCUGAAGCAGUGGAAGCAUUUUUCAGGAGACCAUUUAAAUCUUACAGACCCAUUUCUGGAAAGAAUAAGGGAAAAUGUGUCAUUCUUCUUCCAGAAUAUAACCAACCAAGCUCCUGCCAUCUAAUGAAGGACACUUCCUAACAUUCCUUUCUCCCCUUAAAAUUAAUAUAGGAAUUAAAUGUAAUUGUGAAAAUUAACAAAAUUAUUUGAAUUAUAAUAGUAAACUUUUUUCAAAAUAUGCUAAUUUAAAUACAAUAAAAACUGAGUUGUUUGCUUUCUUGUGUA